UAAAAUCCUCCUCAGCAUGGUUCACACACCGCCCGGGCCGCCGCCGCGACGCCCGGACCCUCCGCGGGGCACUGAUACUCGGGCUGCGCGGCCGGGAGGGCCUAAGCCGGGAGGGGCCCGGGGAAGAGGUCGCGGCGAGGCGGUGGCGGCGGCCGCUCGGGCAGCCCGGACUGCUCCACAGGCGGCGAGAGGGAGCGCGCACGCGAGCGACCAGCCAGCCGGUGAGCGCCCGCCCGCCCGCGGGGCCGCCCCCGUAACUGACAGCUGGGCGGGCCCGCCGCCGCCGCCGGCCCGCCCUCUCGGCCUGUCCAUCCGCGGGGGGCGGGGCUGGAAGGGACCUGGCCAGGGCCUGCGACCAAUCGCAAGCGGCGGCGGUGUGGGCGGCUGCGUGACGGACAGGCGGCAGGACGCCGGCGCCGCCGCUCCUUUGGGCGGGCGGGGGGACGCCGGGGCCGCCGAGCGCACGCCCGCGCUCCGUCAGAGGCCGCGCCGGCGCGCCGACCGCGUGCCCGUGAGGGGGACCGUGGGGAGGCCUGCGGCCCCGGCUGGGGUGUCCCCGACCGCAACCGGAGGAAGGGAUCCGGGGCUGGUACCUGCGACGGCACCUGUGACAGCUCCGUAAAUUUUGUCCGUGGGACCCGAGCCUUCACCGAGUCUGGGCUGGAUCCUCAUGGCUGCUGGAAGCUCUUCGCCCCUGGGUGGAAGCAAAGGAGAGCCUCGCAGACUCGAUUAACCCGUCUGUUGGGCGUCUUGCCCCUGGUUUCCUUCCCCUGCUCCCUUCUUGAUUCUUAAUUUCAGCCAAAGAGAAAGUAAAGAAUCAGAAGAAAAGAUCUAUGAAUUGAGUCGACAUGAAUUCCUCUGUUUCACAGAUUAAGAAAAAAUAACGAGGUCACGGAUAAACAGCACGCCAAAUCAAGGGCGUGAACUUGGAACUGACUUCCAGACAGGAUGUCAUUAUAAACUCAAAAAUCACAGCUCCCGAGUCCUCCCAUUCUGCUAGUAUUCUCAAGCUAAGAGGCUGGACUUUCACCCCGGGAUGAAGAGAGAAGCCUUAAAUAUUGUGUAAAUAGGGAAAGAGAGGGAAUAAUGCAGUUCACUUUGCUGGGGCCUGGGGAGGAGGGCGGGGUGGACACAGACCCUGAAUUCUGCCGAGCAAUGAAUGGAGAGCUUAUUGGAAAGUACUUCCAGAGCGUUCAAAAAGAUGCAGCAAAAUGUAAAAGUGUUUUGUAAAGUAUAAAGCAUUCUAUAACGUAAUAUGUUGUUUCUAUCCCAGGCA